GCCCUCAGCUCCCGCGCCACAUUUCACCCCUUAUGGUCAGGCAUAUUCACGGCCGCCUUUGCCGGGGGAUCUAGAAUCUAGAUUGUCUAACUAGAACAGCCAUCAUCCCACAGAAUAGUGCCGCCGUCAACAUUCCGGCUUUUAGUCUUGAAAAAAGACUUGUCGACUGACCCCGUGGAACGGUUUUGUCGACUAAGAAGUAAAAACGAUCACGCGUGCCGUGCAGCGUAGAAACUCCUCUCCUCCGACUGUCGCCCAAUCUCCACCGUUUGUCAGCCAUGGAAGUCGACGCUCGCGAGGCGUGCCGGAUCUAUGUCGGCCGCUUGUCGACGCGCACGCGAAUGCACGACCUGGAAGACCUCUUCUCCAAAUACGGAAAGGUGAAGAGAGUUGAUCUGAAGACCGACUUUGCCUUUGUGGAGUUUGGGAAUGCGAGGGACGCCCAGGAAGCCCAGCGGCGGUGCGAUGGCACGGUGGUGGAUGGAGCAAGGAUUGUGGUCGAGAUGUCAAAAGGGCCCAGCAAGGGCGACGCCUCUCCCCGCUGCUUCAGCUGCGGGUUGUACGGCCACCUCUCCAAGGACUGCCCGCAGCAGCAGUCGCAGCUCAUGUGCUUCGGCUGCAACCAGCCGGGCCACGUGCACAAGCACUGCCCCUUCCGGGCUGCCAUGACUCCUCCUGGCAUGAUGCUACCUGGUGCGAUGGUUGGGGCGAUGGCUGGCGGCACAAUGCCCGGCGCUGGCGACAUGCUAGAGGCGCCUAGAAGCCACGCCAGGUGCUUCGGGUGCAACGAACCUGGACAUGUGCUCAAGGACUGCCCUACUGUCGCUGGUGUGGGCGCUGCUGCUGCUGCUGCUGCUGAUGAGCAGGGGGGUCACCGUGGGCGGGAGAAGCGCUACUCGCCCCCUGCUGCUGAUGUGGCUCAUCGUAAUACUCGCACGCGGCACCAGUCGCCACACAGCCGUGACUUGAGGGACAGGCUUGGGGGGGUCGAGAGCAGCAGGUCAGGGGGGCAAAGGCUGGGGAGGGACGAGAAGGGAGGGGAGGAGAGGGGACGAGAGGAGAAGAGGAGGGACGAGAAGAGAGAGGGGGGCAGGGGGCGAGAGGAAAGGGACAGGGAGGAGAGGGAGAGGGGGAGGAGUGUGAGGGAUGGGGAGAGAGGUAGGGAGAGGGAGAGGGAGAGGGAGAGGGAUAGGAGUGGGGGAGACAGGGGAAGAGAGAGAGGGAAGGACGAUCUGGGCGGGGGGAGGGAGGAGAAGGGGCGUGGUUAUAACGAGCGUGGCAGUGGAAGCUUGCACCCAUCUACAUUUACCAGUCCAGGGAGCAAGAGGGCCCGUGACAGUAACGACCGUGACUAUAGGGAUGGCCAAAGGGAUUAUCCCCGCAGCCCAAAGCCCGAGGCUCGGCUUGUGAUGACUGUUCCUGUUACUCACACACCUGCUCCCUCGUAUACCCUCAUGCCUCCUCCUGCUGCUGCCCCUCUUUCACACAUGCCUUAUGGUGGAACGCCUUAUAAUGAGUCGCCUUACGGCGGUACGGCUUAUGAAGCCACGGGGGAUGGGGGCCAAGCUCUUAGCUCUCUGGAUGUGGGUGGCAGAGUGGGCGGCGGUGUGGGCGGCAAUGUGGGCGGCAGUGUGGGUGUGGGAAUGGGUGGUGGUGGCGGUUUGAUGUACGGGCAGGGUGGAACAUCUACAGCUAUAUUCACAGCUUCGGGUGCAAUGGGUGUCACUGUGCCUGCUCCUACUUUCUCCCAAACUCCUGGUGCUUCCCAAGGCCCUCCUGCUGCUGUAUCUGGCCCUCCUGGCGAUCCCUACACUCACAUACCUCACAUACCUGCAGGGACGGGGCAAAGAGGGAGCCUGCCUGGAACGGGCAUGGCUGGAGUUGUGGGUGGUAUGGUGGUUGGUGGUGCAGGGGGGAUGGGGGGUGGUGGCAUUGCGAGUGGGGGAGCAGGUGGUACCGUUGGCGGCAUGGCCGGUGCAGGGGCAGGGGAUGUGGUGUAUGUGGCCAUUCCAGCAGCAGCAGCGGCUGCAGCGGCGGCAAGAGGAGAGCAGCUGAUUCUGGUGAGCGCCAGCGAUGGGCGGCUGGCGGGGCAGGAUGGGCGGGUGGCGGGGCAGGAUGGGCGGCUGGUGGGGCAGGAUGGGCGGCUGGCGGGGCAGGAUGGGAGGAUGAUGCAGCAAGGGGGGUUGCAGCAAGGCAUGCAGCAAAGCAUGCAGCAAGGCAUGACGUCACAGCAAGGGGUCAUGUUACAAUAUGAGACGCCUCGAAACACCCCAGGAAUCAUGCCACAGCAUCAAGCUUCAGGAGCAAUCGGGCAGGCAGUGGGGCAGCAUGAGUAUGCAGCUGGCGUGGGGGGGAAUGUGUCAUCUCUAGGGGGAGGACUCGGGUCUUCCCUAGAAGCUGGGCCUCCCCUCCCAGGGGGCGGAGGUGGAAGGGAGGUGCGGAGCAGGGAUGGGAGCAUGGAUGGGGGUGUGGAUGGCAUGGCAGGGGGCAGGCAGCCAUAUGAGCCUGGGCGGUAUUAUGGUGGAUACGGUGGAGUGGGGAGCUCCUAUGAGAGCGGGGAUACCGGUGGAUCCCGGGGGUUUGGUGGGAGUGCUGCCUACGUUUCUGUAGCCCCUGGGGGUGGCGGUGGUGGUGACGGUGGCGGUGGGGGUGGGGGUGGUGCUGCUGCUGCUGCUGCUGCUGCUGCUGCUGCUGCUGCUGCUGCUGGUGGUUCCUCGGUCUCUGCUCCUCCUGCUCCUCCUGUUUUUACUUCUGGUGGUCCCCCACUCCCCCCUGGACCGCCUCCCUCCUAUGACACCCGAUUUGACACAAGGUUUGACACAAGGUCUGACACGAGGGCGGCUUCUGGAGGAGGGGGGUUGCCAGGCCAGCCGUACGCUGGUAACCGUAACACGGAGCCAUUCAUCAGCACCAGUGGGCCAUUCCUGGGCAACACUGACCCUGGGGGUGCCUUUUCGUACAGCACUGGGCGAGUCAGCCUUGAUCCUGGCCCGGGUUUCACCUAUGAAGGUCCGAGGAUGGGGCCUAGCGGGUAUGCUGGUGGCAUUGGGAGCAGUGGCACAGGGAACAGCUCCUUUGGGAGUGGUGGUGGUAUGGGUAUGGUUGGUGGUGGUAUGGGUGGUGGUAUGGGUAUGGGUGGUGAUAUGGGCAUGGGUGGUGGUCCUGGUGGUGUGAAUGGCCCUGGUGGUGGUAUGGAUGCUGGUUACCAGAAUCUGCCCCCUUAUGCGCCCAUGCAUGCCCCCCCUCCUGAAGUCUAUCUGAGUGGGGGCAGUGCGUACGGCGGCCGGGCAGAAGGAAUAAUCGGCCGGGCAGAAGGAGAGAUGUUCCGGGCAGGAGCAAUGGGCCCUACAGGGGCAAUGGAGCGAGUGGAUAGGGCGAUGGGGCGGGCAGAAAGAGUAGCGGGCUGGGAAGAAGGAAUCAGGGGAGAUGGGAUCUUAAGCAAGCCGCAGGGCAUGGGGAUGGGUGGUGGUAGUGCGGUUCAGAUGGGUGGUAGUGGUGCAGUUCAGCUGCCGCCACAGGAUCAGGUGUUUUCAAGGCGAGGGAGGCGGGGUGGUGGGCCGGGCAAGAGUGGUGGCAGCGGUGCCACAGGGGAUCGUGAUCGUGCUCGUGGCAGCGGUGGCGGUGGUGGUGGCAGCGGUGGCACAGGGAAUCGUGGUAGUGGUGGUGGUGGCAGUGGUGCUUCUGCUGCUGCUGCUGCUGCUGCUGCUGCUGCUGCUGCUGCUGGCGGCAGCGGUGGUGGUAGCGGUGGGGGUGGCGGUGGUAGCCGUGGUGGUGUUGCUUCUCGUAGUGGUGGGGGUGUUGGUAGCGGUGGUGGCAGCAGUGGUAAAAGUGGUGGUCAAAGUGGUGGUGGCAGGGGGGGUGGUGGCAGCGGGGUUGGUGGCGGUGGCGGUGGUGGUGGUGAUGUCAACGGUGGUGGUGGUGGUAGCGGUGGUGCCAAGGAAACCCACCGCUGCUAAGGAAACCCGCUGCAGCUGAAAAGGGGUCACGGGAAUGGUGCUGGGAGCACAGGUGGUGCUGGGAGCACAGGUGGUGCCGGGAGCACAGGUGGUGCUGGGAGCACAGGUGGUGCUGGGAGCACAGGUGGUGCUGGGAGCACAGGUGGUGCUGGGAGCACAGGUGGUGCUGGGAGCACAGGUGGUGCUGGGAGCACAGGUGGUGCUGGGAGCAGCUAGACACAUGACAUCCCAGGCACACCUCCAGGGACGAUGGGGAAGACCAUUGGGCUGCCACCACAGGAGCAAGUGUUUUUAAGGCGAGGGAAGGGGAGGUGCACCUGGUGAAGGUGGCACAGGGGAUCUGGAUUAUUUCGAAAUAGUGGAGGGGCUAUUAGAAUGCAGCACGAGGAGGCACGUUGGUGAUGGGUGGUGGGCAUAUGUGGGCUCACUCACUGCAGCUGAAUGGGUGGAGACUUGAUCUCGCUUUCGAACGAAGUGGAUGUAGUACUGUUUUGAAAUACAUUCAGGAUUCCCUUUCGGUUUUGUGACGACGCACUUGAGGGAAGUUGGGUGGUCCUCUUCUGUG